AAUGCACAUGUUGUUGUAUGCCUGUUCACCUGGCGAGCAAGUGCACUUUCAGUUCGCAAAAGUUGUCGUCGGGACGGAUGCAUUUAUUCAGCUCAGAGAAACGCGGCAAGGAUGCGACAAUGCCAGGUCAAAAAUAUGUAGUUUUAACUCUGUGAUUCUGAUUUGCUACCAAAAUUUCCUGACUAAUGAGGCAGUUUUUCUGACAAGAAAAGAUCAACCAUGGCAGAUGAAGGUGUAGAUGAAAUAGCAAGUAACAACCAACACAGUGACGUACUGCUCUCUGACUGUAGCAACAACCACACAGAGGGCAAUAUUCAAAACAAUGACUGUGCAAUUACAGCUAAAAAUGAAACGAAGUCUCAGCUAGAAGGUCAAGGGUCAUCUAAUAACGUGAGACAAGGUUUGAAGAGUAAGAAUAACACAUCUGACCUUGACCUUGAUGAUACAGCUGACCUUGACCCUGCACCAGUUACUGACUCCCGAAGUGAUGCCUCGAUGGAGGUUCAGCAUUUAGAAUUAACAGGAAUGAGAGAAGAUGAUAGUGGGAUUAAUGUUGAGACUGCUUCCCCUUCAAAAAGUGAAAUAUCUGACACAGAUGUUACGAGCACCACAGAUAGCGGCAUUAACAUAGCUCAGCAGUCCGACCCAGAGAGCAUCAGUAUAGCAGAGAGCAUUAAGUUAGAAAAUGAAGCCAGCGAUGCUGGGAAAAUUGACAUUUUCUUGGACAAUGAUGAAGUAGAUGACGAUGAUGACGAUGAUUUGAUUUCUUCAGUCCAAACAUUAGAUCACCAUAGUAACACUAGCACUCCUGUUCAAAGUAAAGAAACCACAGCAAAAGUAUUAGUUUUACAAGACAUUGACAAUGCAACAAAAAGUGAUAAUAAAACAGACAGAUCUCCAAAUACUGACUCUAAAAGAGGUGACCUUGACCCAGAAACUGCGGGUCAAGGUCAAACCCCAUCAGUAUCUCAGACCUCUGACUUUAAUGACGGCAUGUUACCAGACAUGGUUGACACUGAUGACAGCAAUCCCAUAGGCCAGUAUGACUUUAAUGUUGAUGAAGAAAUGAAAGUGUAUCGCAAACAAAAGCGUGAUCGCAGGAUGUCCACCUCGUCCAGUAGUGACGAUGAUCUCGAUGAUUUGGCUUUCGGUAAAGAAGAGGAUGCUAAAUUCAGUAGUGAUGAUGAGGAUGAAGACAAAAGCAACAUGGAUUUAGACAAUUCGAGUCCUUUGUUGAAUAAUUGGCAUGCCUUGGGGCAGUUGCGGCAGCGCGAGUUAGGCGUGAGUAACUGGAAGCACCCUCGACUGUUUGCAAUCGACUGCCAUGCCAGUCUUUACAUGGUUCAGAAACUACAGCUCCAGUAUAAGAUGGAGAAACACGAUGGCUGUGUAAAUGCCUUACAUUUCAAUGAAACUGGUACCAGAAUUGCCAGUGGUUCAGAUGACCUGCAGGUGAUACUAUGGAACUGGAUGGAGAACAAACCGGCUCUGGCUUUUGACAGUGGACACAGGAGUAAUGUGUUCCAGGCCAAGUUUAUGCCAUAUAGCGGGGACGCACACAUCGUCACAUGUGCUCGUGAUGGUCAGGUGCGCUUGGCGGAACUUUCGCUGACUGGAGUAUGCAAAGAAACCAAGAAACUGGCCCAACACAAGGGGGCAGCACAUAAGCUGUCUGUGGAGUAUGACAGCCCCCAUGUUUUCCUGAGCUGCGGUGAGGAUGCUGUUAUCUUUGAGAUGGAUCUUAGACAGGACAAAGCUAAUAAGAUUGCUAUGACCAAAGAGAAUGAUAAGAGAGUGGCUCUGUACUCCAUCCAUGCUAACCCUAUGAAUUCUUUUGAGUUUUGUGUGGGAGGAAGAGAUCAUUUCAUCAGAAUUUAUGACAAGAGGAAGCUCAGUGAAGAUGAAAAUGGUAUUGUGAAGAAGUUCUGUCCACAUCACCUGCUGAACAGUGACAUCAAGGCUAACGUGACAUGUGCUGUAUACAACUACAAUGGGACAGAAGUCUUGGGGACAUACAAUGACGAGGACAUCUAUCUAUUUGAUGCCACUCACUCUGAUGGUGCUGAAUAUAUUCAUAAGUAUAAAGGACAUAGGAAUAAUGCAACAGUGAAAGGAGUCAAUUUCUACGGCCCGCGCAGUGAGUAUGUGAUAGGGGGCAGUGACUGCAGUCAUGUGUUUCUGUGGGACAAAGCUACAGAGAGAGUUGUGCAAUAUAUGGAGGCAGAUGAGGGGGGUGUGGUCAAUGUAUUGGAGCCCCACCCCCAUGCCCCCUUCCUGGCUACCAGUGGUCUGGAUCAUAACGUGAAGAUCUGGGCACCUACAGCUGAAGAACCCACUAAACUGGAGGGACUGAAGGAGUGUAUGAAGAAAAAUUCCAGAGAGCGCGAGAGGGAGAGAACCAACGAACCUGAUAUGGACGGACAGAUGAUGUGGUUUCUCAUGCACCACCUACGACGGACUGCACGCCGCAGGGCAAGACAAGAAGGAGAGGAUGUCUCUGAGAGUUCUUCAGAUGCUGAUUCCACAUCCUCCGACUCUGAGGAAGAAGCCAGAGAGAGGCUGCAGUGUAUGCCGUCUUAAAUCUUCUGUCUAAACACAAAGUGCGCUGUCAUAUUUUUGUCUGAACACAGGGAGUUAGCAGCAGUAACAUUGACAGAAUAUUGAAGAUUGAGAAAGUCCAGCAAACUAUGUCAUAGUGGGAUGUGACCACAGAUUCUUGAGCCUCUUGAGAGUAAUCAGCAGUGACACACAGACAGAAUAAAAAUGGAGACACACUUUUUGCUCAUAUUGUGGACAGUCUAGUGACAGUGGUCAUAAUGAGAUGUGGACUUAAAAGUGAAUAAUUAGAGUGGACUCUUUAUAUUUACUUAGGAAGAUGGAAGAAUUCUUGUUGAACAUUUUGUGUCCUCUUCAAAGUUAUAUGCACAUAUAUUGGUUCUUUUUCAUUACUGACAAAGCAUUUGGAGA